AUGUCUCCAGUUAACAAGCUCUCCGUCUUGGCCUUCGCCUCGACCGUUCUCGCGGUUCCACACGAGGGCCUUGGACAUGGCCAUGUUCACGGCCACCAGCACCUGCAUGAGAGGCAUCUCACCGGUACCGCAGCGCCUUUCCCUUACCCAUCCGCCAACGGAACGAGUGUCUGGGGAACUACAGGCACUGGUGCUCCUACCGGCUCCAGCUCUUCUCAAGCUUUGCCAGAGACAGCCACCGAGCAAACCAUCCAGACUCAGACCGUUUUCCAGACGGUCAGUGCCAACCAGGCCUACCAGUCCAGCGCUGCCGGCGGCGAGGGCGAACAGUGCGGCGUCUCAACUGUUACCAGCACCGAAAAGGUCUACGUGACUGUGACGGGCGGAGAGGCCGCCUCCUCUAGCACCGACGUGUCGCCAGUCGGCAGCUCCUCUGGCCGCCCAACCUCGACCGUCCACAUUACCCAGACCUACCAGUCGCCAGGCGGAUACGGCUCCAGCAGCUCUGAGGCUGCCGCUGCAUCGUCGAGCGCACCGGCCAGCUCUGCUCCAGCAUACUCUGCACCGGCAUCCAGCAGCAGCGAGGCUUCUCCCGAGACGACUUCUCAGGCUUCCGCUCCAGCAUACUCGGCCCCAGCCUCGUCGGCGCCGGCUUCCAGCUCAAGCAGCGAACAGGCUCCUGGGUCGGUUUCGAUCUCCGUCCCGGUGCCAAAGGACAGCGCCCCAGCCUCGUCUUCUAGCGCAGCUGCUGUCCCCACAGCCUACUCUUCCGUUGCCGAUAAGGGUGCCGAAGGUGCGGCUGCUACUGUCACUUCUUCUGCCCCGGCUACUUCGAGCUCUUCGGCUACUUCCAGCUCUGGCAAGCGUGGUCUCGCGUACAACGACGCCAGUCUCCUCGACUGCUUCAGUGGCUCUGAACAGAUCUCGUGGGCGUACAACUGGGAAUCCUCGGCCAAAGGUCUUAACGGCUUCACCUACAUUCCAACUCUUUGGGGCACCUCUCCUACCUACUGCGACUCUUGGAGCGAGAAUGCCAAGUCGGCCAUCAGCAGCGGCUCCACCCAUCUCUUCUCCUUCAACGAGCCAGAUAUCAGCAGCCAGGCUAACCUGUCUCCUGCCGAUGCUGCCACUGGUUACAAGACUCACAUGAACCCAUUCGCUGGCCAAGCUAAGCUCUGCGCUCCAGCCGUCACAAACGGCCCGGCCAGUGAGAACAUGGGUCUCACGUGGCUCAAGCAGUUCCUCAGCGCCUGCACGGAUUGUACGAUCGAUUGUCUCAACAUCCAUUGGUACGACUCAGCCACCAACAUUGACUACUUCAAGCAACAUGUCACGGACGCCAUCAGCUUGGCUGGCGGAAAGCCCGUUUACAUCUCGGAGAUUGGGGCCACGGGUUCGAAUGACCAGAUCAACAGCUUCUUGGAGGAAGUGAUGCCUUGGAUGGACAGCAACGAUGGUGUUGCCGGCUAUGCUUACUACAUGGCUUCCGAGGGUCUCCUCGUCAGUGGCUCUGAGCCGUCGACUUAUGGCAGCACAUACAAGACCUACUCCUCUUAA